AUGCCAGACUCCCGUUUCUUUAAAUCCGUUAUGGCCCUCCUCCUCCUAGCCUCCCCCUCCUGUUCUUCUUCUUCUUCUUCUUCUCACCUCCGACUCUUCUUCUUCUUCUUCUUCGCCCCCGACUCUUGUUGUUGUUGUUCUUCUUCUUCUCCUCCUCGCCUCCUCCUCUUCUUCUUCUUCUUCUUCUUCUUACCUCCGCCUCUUCUUCUUCUUCUUCUUCUUCUUCUUCUUCUUCUCCUCCUCGCCUCCUCCUCUUCUUCUUCUUCUUCUUCUUCUUACCUCCGCCUCUUCUUCUUCUUCUUCGUCUCAGAAUCUUCUUCUUCGUUUCUCGACUCUUCUUGUUCUUCUUGUUCUUGCUCUUCUUCUUCGCCCCCGACUCUUGUUGUUGUUGUUGUUCUUCUCCUCCUCCUCCUCGCCUCCUCUUCUUCUUCUUCUUCUCACCUCCGCCUCUUCUUCUUCUUCUUCUCACCUCCGCCUCUUCUUCUUCGUUUCUCGACUCUUCUUGUUCUUGCUCUUCUUCUUCGCCCCCGACUCUUGUUGUUGUUCUUCUUAUUAUUAUUCUUCUCCUCCUCCUCCUCCUCGCCUCCUCCUCUUCUUCUUCUUCUUCUUUUCCGCCACCGCCUCUUCUUCUUCUUCUUCUCCGCGUCUUGUUCUUCUUCUCCUCCUCCCCUCCUCCUCUUUUCCUCCUCCUUCUUCUUGUCACUUACUUCUUUUCCCUUCUUUCAUAAUUUAAAAAAAUAUCUUGGACUUGAUUUCUUUUACUUUUGUUGCUUCGUUUUAUUUCUUUUACGAGAUUUAGUUUUGGUAGUUUUUUUAAUUCCAUCUGUCAAUUUAUCUAACAUUCAUUCUGUUCAUAUCUAUCUAUCUAUCUAUCUAUCUAUCUAUCUAUCUAUCUGUUGUCACAACAUCUAUCUAUCUAUCUAUCUAUCUAUCUAUCUAUCUAUCACAGUAUAUUCAUAUCUAUCUAUCUAUCUAUCUAUCUAUCUAUCUAUCUAUCUAUCUAUCUAUGUGUUGUUCAUAUCUAUCUAUCUAUCUAUCUAUCUAUCUAUCUAUCUAUCUAUCUAUCUAUGUCUGUUCGUAUCUAUCUAUCUAUCUAUCUAUCUAUCUAUCUAUCUAUCACAGUAUAUUCAUAUCUAUCUAUCUAUCUAUCUAUCUAUGUCUGUUCGUAUCUAUCUAUCUAUCUAUCUAUCUAUCUAUCUAUCUAUCUAUCUAUCUAUCUGUUUCGGUCUGUUCAUAUCUAUCUAUCUAUCUAUCUAUCUAUCUAUCUAUCUGUUUCGGUCUGUUCAUAUCUAUCUAUCUAUCUAUCUAUCUAUCUAUCUAUCUAUCUAUCUAUCUAUCUAUCUAUGUCUGUUCAUAUCUAUAUAUCUAUCUAUCUAUCUAUCUAUCACAGUAUAUUCAUAUCUAUCUAUCUAUCUAUGUCUGUUCGUAUCUAUCUAUCUAUCUAUCUAUCUAUCUAUCUAUCUAUCACAGUAUAUUCAUAUUUAUCUCUCUAUAUAUCUAUAUAUCUAUCUAUCUAUGUCUGUUCAUAUCUAUCUGAACUAA